AUGGUGCUCUCCAGUACUGCAGGAGAUGUGCUAAGAUGUGGUUUAUGGAUGAUCAACAUUUUUGUUACAGUGCUCUUUUGGAAAAUAGCCAGUACUGAUCCUGCCCAAAUGUGUUACCAGCAUCUUUCAGAAAUGAAAUGCCAACAUCUUGCCAUGCACUCUGUGCCAAGGGGCCUGCCAGACAAUCUGAAGACGCUAGAUCUAUCUCAUAACCUUAUUCAAGAGCUAACGAAUAUAUCUAUGCCAAACAUGCACAAGCUUGAGAAUUUCAGCAUUGAACAUAAUCGCCUGGAAACCAUUGAAAACAGAGCACUAGAUGCUUUAUUACAAAUUCAGUCCCUUAACUUUGCCUCAAACAGAUUGCACAAGCAUUAUUUAUCUAACAAAGGAGUUUUUAAAAGUUUGCAUCGUCUAAAAAUAUUAAAUCUGGCAAAUAAUAACUUGGAUAGUGAUAUGGUGUACUGCUAUCUGUCAAACAUUACUUCACUAGUUAAUCUGGAUUUGUCAAGGAAUAAUAUUGCAAGCCUGUUCUCUGGAAUGUUUGAUGGGGUUCCACGACUGACAGAGUUGGAUCUCUCCAACAAUUACAUAGCAGACAUAGAGAAAGGUACAUUUGACUCACUGCAGUAUCUAAGAGCUCUAAACCUUGCUGUGAAUGCAAUAGGUUGUAUUUCAAGCUUUGAUCUCCCUCAGCUACAUCGGCUGAACCUAAGUUCAAAUUCCCUUAAGUUCUUUCUUAGCCGAAAUUCCAUUAAAUUCUACCAGUUAAGGAACCUAGACUUAAGUGGAAAUAACCUAGUGAGCUUUCCAAUUUUGCCCAAAUUCAACAUGGUGCAACAUUUAAAUCUCUCAAGAAAUAUUAUCAAUGAGCUGUUCCCUUUAUCAAAUGAAACAGAAAAAAACUUUAAAAUGACCUGGUAUCAAACCAUUUCUGAUCUGGAUCUUCCUAGUAAUACAGAAAACAUAAUUUCACAUUUAACAAAUAUAGUCGAUUUAAAUCUUAGUUGCAACCAACUGACCUCAUUUCCUUGGCAAUUUCUAUCAUAUGCCAGCUCACUUCAAAAUUUAAACUUGGCUGAGAACUGUCUACAUAACAUGACAGAUAUUUCCUUCCCUGAGAUGUCACAUCAGAAAAAAAGAAAUAGGAUUACACCUCUUCGGUCUUUGAGGAUGCUAGAUAUUCAUGGGAAUUCUAUUAGCUACAUUCCACAAGGAUUGUUUGAUUUGCUGCCUGAAAUUGAGCAAAUUAAUCUUAAAAACAAUGACAUUAAAUUUUGUCCUCCUAAUAAAACAGACAAUUCCACAAAAAAUGUCUGCACUACGUUCUCUGGGGCUCAUCGGCUUCAAUAUUUAAAUCUGCAAAACAACAGCAUUAAGGACCUUCCACCAGAUGUAUUUGAACGCACAUCUUUAUAUUCUCUGGAUCUGUCAGACAAUAUAGGGUUAAAUAUUCAUGAAGGCUCUUUAGCAGAGGUUCAGACACUCCAAAUCAUAUCACUCAAAAGAAACUCAAUGAAUGACUUGCAGACAAACCUUCCCUGUCUAAAGUGGCUGAAAACACUGGAUUUGUCCAGUAAUAGACUUACUUUGAUUCCAGUCAAUCUACAAUGUUCUGCAAUAGAGAGUCUGAGUCUUCAGAAUAAUGCUAUACGUCUCCUGGAUAAAAGGACAGUUUAUACCUGGAUGGACAGUCUAAAAUGGGUGUUUAUAAGUGGCAACCCCUUUGACUGCUGCUCCCUUAGAUGGUUAGAUCCUUUGCUGGUUUCUAAAAUCAAUAUUCCAGAUCUUGAAAGCACACAUUGCUUCUAUGCAUAUAGUAACACAAGUGUUCCUGUCAAUAACACUAAUGUCCAGGGUCAAUAUUGUCAACAACCCACAAUACAAAGACUCCUUACAAUUGUUAUCAUCAUUUUAAUAGUAUUUCUCCUUCUUUCUAUAUUUUGUGUUCUUACAUUAGGUAAUCAAAUGAUUUGUUUUUCAAGAAUAUUUAGGAGUAACAAGGUAGCAUCUGAAAUUCCUAGAUGGAUUCAGACAAUAAAAACUGAAGGAAAGCAAGUAUGCUUCACUGUCACUAGUAAAGGAACAAGUUGACUAAAUAUAACCACAUUCUAGACUAGAAGUCAAGGACAGGAUCAUUUAGCAAGCCAUACACAUUAGACAGUUGUUGGCCACCAGCUCGGCGCAGGCAAUAUCAGAUUACCCUGCCAGCAUUUAUUUCCUACAGGAUUACAGAUCUGUCAAUCCAAUCUGCCCACUUUUCGCCCACCCCUGCCCCAUGACAGAAAUGAAAUUGUCCCAUACACAUAAGUCAGUAAUCCGAUCCUGACUAAAUCAGCGCAUUAUGGUAAAUAUAUGACGGGUAGUCCAGAUCACUAGAACUUUUGCCAUAGCAUACUUACACCCAUUCUGUAUUCUUUACUUUUGCAUAUACAGUGGUAAAUAUUUCUUUAAGCCUUACAAAAACAACAUAAAUUAGGUGUAAAAAAAUAAUAGUAAAGAAAACUGCAUUAUUCAAAAAUUCAUAUUGCAAGUCAGAUAAAUAAAAAAAGUGUUAGCUGCUAAACUAACGCAUGCUAAAAACGGCUAACUGUGCUUGUCCUGAAGACCAAAAUGACCCUGUUCGAAUCCAGUUAAUAUCAAUGCCCAGCUUUGUACACUAAUCAAAAGAUUAAGGGAACACUUAAGCA